AUGAUCCGAAGGAUUAGUGGAUGGUUUGCUCUUGUCUCCAUAUUAACAAUUGCAUUAUUAGGAUUUGGAUUGUAUCUAACUUUAAUUAGUUUUGUAGUUUCGUUUGUUGUGGGGAUCACAACUAUUUUGUACUUGAACUAUGACAGCAAGAAGAUUUUCUCUGUUGAUAUAGAUUGCUUAGAUGAUCCUCUUCAACCUACAAACUUUACUAUUCAGUCUUUAAAGGUUUUGGACCUAUUUGAAAAAGAAACACCUUUACCUAAGUUUGAUAACAGAAUAACAGGCAGUGAGACUGUGGAUUCAUUUUUGAAUGAAAUCAUUGUAAUAAUCAUCAAUGAUUAUGUAACUCCGUGGUAUGAAAUAAUAACGGAUGAUAAAGAAUUUACAACUUACUCAAUCAGAAGAUGUGUUCUGACUGCUGGAGCAAAUGUUGCAAAUAGAAUUAAAAGUAUGGAUUGGAUACAUCUCCUAUCCUCAAGAUUUCCUGAAGAGUUAACAACACAUCUAAAGUUAUUUAAGCAAUCUAGAGUUAGAUUAAAACACUUACAGUUAUUAAGUGCCAAAGAGAUUGCUAAUGGUAAUACAAAGCAAAGUCCUAAAAAACAAGAAGAAAAGAAAACCCAUAGAAGAAACAAAAGUGAAACAGAUUUAUCAUGGUUACCAGAUGCUCAAGCAAUAGGCAAGUCAAAGUUUUAUGGUAGUUCGGAAAGUGUUAGUUAUAAAAGUUUAACAGACCUAUUUUUUGAUAUAGAGUGUACUAUAGAAAAUAAACAAAUUUGCCGUGACAUGUUUUGUACAGAUCCUGAGAAAGAAAAUGCAUUGCUCAGUGAAAUUUCUGAAGCAGUUCUAUACUUAAUUGCACCUGAAGAAGCUUGGAAGUGCCACGCUGUGAAAAUGAUACUUAUUGAUCUGCUGUCGGCAGUGGUAUUACAACCACUAGUAGAUCUACUAAGUGAUCCUGAUAACAUAAACAGAGCUAUAAUUAAAAUAUGUUGUCGGGACUCCUGCUUAUCUUCCGAGCUAUUCCUGUUGGUGAUAAGGUGUUGCGGUGAUGCCGAAGAGUUGAACGCUACUUUAGAGCUUGUGCAAAAGGAUAUACAGAAGCUACAUUCUCGUGACAGCGCUGGCGAGUGGGAGCUUCAAGAUAGGCAGAAAUUAUCAUCGUUGCAAUAUUUGGCUAGGAUAAUUCAGGCCAGACAUGCUACUCUGGGACCGCAAGAAGGAGCGUCAAGCAAUAGCAGCGCGGAAAAAGUAUCGGAGGAGGUUUUGAGAUCCUUAAAAUUUAUUAGAGCUACCGCCGCAUGGAAAUCUAAUGCCCAGUACUUGCUUGAAAUUGAACUCAAUGAAGCAGACGCACCGCACACGACUAAAGCAGUGUUAGACAGCUUACGCUCCUCGGCUUUGGAACUAUGCGACUUGUACUUGAGUCCCAAUCGUCCACCUAUAAUGGGUGUGCCGGAAAACUGUCACUCGGACUUGGUGAGGAAGAUCACUAUGGAGGGCGAGGAAUUUACUAACAACCCUGUUGUGUGUUUUGAUGACGUGCAAAAAUGCGUUUGUGACGCUUUGGAGGAUGACCCAUCAUGGCAGUCAGACUUUAUGAUGGACAAUGAACAAGACAGUUUGGAAGGAAGAAAUAGAGACGCAAAUAAAAGAGACUACAAAGCAGACACAAAAAAGUAUGCAGGUAAUGACAUACCUAUGUCGGGUUCAAGACAUAAUCGAUCCCGUUCGGAUGUCGUAGGAAAUCUGGCUCAAAGGAUGAUCAAUGAAAGUGCGGGUACAUCUAAUUUAUCCUCUACACACACGAACUCACUGUCACUGUCUCAUUCGGAAAUCACUCAAAGAGCGAAAAAUCUACACUCCCCUCUUACAGCGUACAUAAUUGAAACUGCGCUCGUGCAGGACAAAGGGCGGACAUUCGGUAUUUAUGCCAUAGCCGUUACAAGAAUGUCUGACAACGAAGUGUGGCAUAUAUAUAGGAGGUACAGUGAUUUCCAUGAUUUGCACACAUCAAUAAAGGAAAAGUGGCCAGAGUUAGCAAAUCUUCCGUUUCCGGCCAAGAAAACUUUCCAAAACACUUCGAGGUCGGUCCUAGAAAGUCGUAAGAGGAUGUUGAACAAUUACUUACAAAGUUUAACGAGUAUAGCAAUGGACGCGAGGUAUAUGACUCUUUUGUCUCAGGACUAUUUGGGAGGGUUCUUGAGUCCUGAAAUUCAGACCGAGCGGCAUGGUAAUUCGAUUGAUGCUCUUUUCGUGAAUUCUCUCAGAGCCGGGAUGAGGACAUUGAAGAACAUGCCGGAUCAGUUUGUUAACACCGUGGACGGUGUAAUGGAUGGUAUUUCGAAGGUGUUCCAAGGAAAAAGCGGUGAAAACUAUUACGAAGGAAUAAAAAAUGAUAAUUCAUCAGACGGUCAAGAUGAUGGCGAUGACAGUGUUCCCUUACGUUUGUUGGAAGAGGUCCUCGGCAUACGAGGGUUGUGGUUGAGGCGGCGUUUGCUCGCACCGGUUCGAACGUUGAUAGCAGAUCGCGUGAACAAGAAAGUUUUGGAGUUCGUUUCCUCUCUGACGUCACCUAGAAACGUUGUUCAGUACCUGAAAACUUUCAAGCAGUGGUUGACUAGUCGCAAUCGUUCGAAACUUACAACACGAGAUGCUGCGACGAAAGCUAGAACAAGGGUCGCCGCCAAAGUAGCAUUACUUUCAGCCGCUUCAGAUGAUUUAAGACAUAUUGUGGGAUCGGACGCGGCCCGUCGAGGUCUGCUCACAGUCUUCGACAUGUUACAAACACAGGAGAUCAAUAGGCGGUUGAUCUUCGUGCUUUUUGAAGCCACUCUUAUUAACCUAUUCCCCGACAACAAUUUUCAAGAGUUGUUCAGGAAGCUUUAUUCAAAUUCCUCGCGUGUUUCAGCGAAUAAGAAAGGUGUUAAUUUAUGA